AUUCUUGCUUAUUUCGCUCAAAGAAACUGCCCAUUACACAUUCCUAUAUCAAUGUCCAAGACUGAGCCUAAGAAGAAGGUUGACCCCUUCCAUUCUCUCAUCGCCGGUGGUACGGCGGGUGCCAUCGAGGGGGUAAUCACAUAUCCGUUUGAAUUCGCCAAAACGCGUCUUCAGUUGGUCGACAAGGCAUCCAAGUCGUCUAGAAACCCGUUGGUUUUGAUCUACACCACUGCCAAGCAGCAAGGCGUGGGCGCGUUGUACACGGGUUGUCCGGCAUUCGUGGUGGGUAACACCGUCAAGGCGGGUGUCCGGUUCUUGGGGUUUGAUGCUAUCAAGAAAUUAUUGGCUGACAAAGACGGGAAGUUGUCCGGACCCAGAGGUGUGUUGGCGGGAUUGGGCGCCGGUUUGUUGGAAUCCGUGGUGGCCGUGACUCCUUUCGAGGCGAUUAAGACCGCGAUGAUUGACGAUAAGCAAACGGUCAAGCCUAAGUACCAAGGUGGAGUUAUCAGCAGCAGUUUCAGAUUGUGUCGUGACUUAGGAGUGCGUGGCUUGUACGCGGGGUUGGUGCCGGUUUCCAUGAGACAGGCCGCCAAUCAGGCCGUUAGAUUGGGGUCCUACAACGCCAUCAAGUCCACGUUGCAACAGGCUAGCGGUUCGAGGCCGGACGAACCAUUGUCCAGCGGGUUGACAUUUGUAAUCGGUGCUUUCGCCGGGAUCGUCACCGUGUAUACCACUAUGCCCAUUGAUACCGUAAAGACCAGAAUGCAAGCCUUGGGCGCCAGGGAGCAGUAUAAGUCUACGGUCGACUGCUUUGUCAAGAUCUUUAAGCAGGAAGGGGCGUUGACCUUCUGGAAGGGUGCCACCCCGAGACUCGGCCGAUUGGUCCUCAGCGGUGGUAUUGUGUUCACCAUCUACGAAAAGAUGUUGGUCUUCAUGGCGUAAAAAGUGUUUAUAGACGGCAAUAAAAUUAUGCGUCCCAAGGUUC